UUUCAUGGUUUUAGGUUAAGUUUGGUGCAUCCAUUUCAUUUUAGUGGCAAAAUUUGGCUUUUGCGUUAUUUUGAGUUCUUUGGGUAAAAAUUUAAGAAUGCCAUCUGGGACUGGAAUUCUAAAAUUUCUGAAGCAUUCAUUUCAAUAGAAUUGAACGACUUAUUGGAUGAUUGCAUAAUGGAAGCUUAUUGGAAUUAUUAAUUUCAAGAAAAUGGCUUGAUCUCUACCACAAAUAGAGCAGAAUGUAAACUACGGUAUGAAUGAAAUGGACACGAAUAUCAGGCAAUAUGGAGUAGAUCAUUUCAGGUGAAGAGUGGGACUUGGAUUGACAGAAGUAUGCAGCAUCUGGUUUGGGGGAAAUUGGUGUUGGUUCUGGUGGCUGUGGUAGCAGUACUGCAAGUGGUACACCUCAUCCUACUCAGCAGACUGGAGUCCCGUCAUCAUUCCCACCACCACACACCCACAGUUGUGCGCGAUCGAGUACCUGGACAAAUGCAGGCCAACGAGGUGGAGACGGUGUUUGGCAACCUGGUGCGGACGUUGGAACAGAGCCGGGUGCUGGACUCAAGUGGCGAGUACCAGGUGGUGUCCGGCAUCGCUUGGGCCAUCAAGCAGCCACACCCCCAUCGCAUUCGCCUCGUGCACACCACUCCUGACAUCUCGCUCGUUACCCAGUGCUCGUUCGACCAUAUUCAUCACCUCGUCUCCAUCGCACAACGUUGGCAGGGUCCAAUUUCGGUAGCAGUAUUUGCAGAGGACCAUCAGAUCUCGGAUGCAUUAUGGAGGGUGGCCGGUUUGCGCUCCUGCUUCACCAACAUCCUGCACAAUGUCACAUUUUCUCUAGUGUCUCCGCUGCCAGCCAAGAGUUCGCCACCCAUCUCCAUUCCAUCGGCUCGCCCACUGGCUCACUCCUGCCAACUGGCAGCCCAGCUGGCGGGCCAGCCUCUGACAAACAAUUAUGCCAGCACUCGCAACUUCCCUGGUAACCUGCUCCGCAACGUGGCUCGCCGCGCCACCCCUUCCGACCACGUGCUUGUCCUUGACAUUGACAUGUUGCCUAGCGACAACCUCCGACAGGAUUUCUACGAGUUCGCUUCGCAAAGAGGACUGUUCAGGAAAUCUGAACGAGAGGACAAAACAGUGUUUGUGGUGCCGGCAUUCGAAUUGGCAGCUGAGGCCACUCCACCUCACAACAAAGCUCAGCUGUUAAAAGCUGUUGAAGCUGGCCACGCUCGACCCUUCUACAGUCAACUCUGUUGGAAAUGUCAGGUGCACACGGACUACGAGGCGUGGCAAAAAGAGUUGCCAUCAGCUGAACUAGCUCCACUUUUCGAAGUUCUAUGGAAAGAUCCAUGGGAGCCAUUCUACUUGGCGCGCAACGCAGUUCCGUUCUAUGAUGAACGGUUUAAGCAGUACGGAUUCAACAGAAUCAGCCAAGUGUGCGAACUGCACGUGGCUGGCUACAAGUUCUCUGUUCUGAACAAUGCGUUUGUCAUCCACCUGGGCUUCAAGACGCCCACUUCGUUUCACGUCGAUAAGGAGCUAGACCAGGAACGUAACCGAAUACUAUUCCGUCAAUUCAAAAUGGAGUUGAAGUCCAAAUAUCCAGAAUCCUCCCGAAGAUGCUACUGAAUCAGCAACAGUACAAUCACAAUUCGGUGGCGGUAAGGACACUGUAACUUGAUUUCAGGGUCAACCCAUCAAUUUUCAGGUUUUGAUAGUUUAAUAUAGUUUAAUAUAGUUUGAAAUUCGCACUUUGCUGUGGUACCAAACUCACAUCUCUAGGUAGGAUAUGCAUUGGGUUAUUACAUAUUUUGAGAAGGUAUGUAACAUCGUAAUGAUAGCCGCUAUCAUUAUUAUAUAGCCUACACAGCCGCUAUUUAGCGCGCCAGUUGAUUGAAUCCAGUUUUUCUCCGUCUUCUGACAGAUUUUUCCACAAUUACUGUUCAAUUUUGUUCCAUUUGAAUUGGAUUAUUCAAUAAUGCAUUGCUUAGGCUGGUAAUAGGAGGUUAUUGGCGACCCAAUAUUAUGAACAGGUGACAGUUGACAAAAGUUGUGUUAUUCUUCAGACUAUGUGACUAGAUCGAUUCAUAACGUGAAAAAGAUUGGUUACAAUUCAAGCUUUUUAUGCAGUUAUUUCUAGUGUAAAACCAUGGGUAAUUAAAAGGAAAUACUGAUGAUGAAAAUAACAAUGCUGGUAAAGAAAUUUCAGCUUAUGAAGCAGGCGCUUAUAAAGGUGCGUACAGAUAUACGCGCCGCGAACAUGAGCAAUUCACUUUUAAUCAGCUGACUAUAUCUGUAUUUUUACAGAAACGGUAAGAUACUGAUAUAAAAAGCUUGGCAUCAGCUGAUUAAAAGUGAAUUGCUCAUGUUCGUGGCGCGUAAAUCUGUACGCACCUUUAGAGAUAACAACUAGUUGUGGUUAGUGACUUCAUUUGCGAUUCCCCGAAAAUCACAAAUUUUCAAAACUAGAUUUCAAAUUUCUCAGUCACUAUUGGUCAUAUAGCCUUCAAAUUUCAAGGACUCAUGAAUUAUAUCAAUAUAAUAGUUCCUUACAUAACUUUUUUUGCUCAUUACAACCAUUUUUAUGAACUUUUGAAACCUCAAAAAGUAAGAUGUAAAUGACCUUUUAAAUCCAAUUUUCUAUCAAUUCUAUAAUUGUCAGAAUUUUAAAUUAGUAAAACAUACGGAAUUAGUAAACAUGAUGCUGAUUCCUUCAAACAAACAAUAAAAAAUCUGGUGUGGUACACUCACACAACUUUCCUUGCUCAUUGAACUGUAAGCCUCAUUCUUAGACGAGAAUAAUUUAGGGGAAUAACAUAAUGACGAUUGGCGGCAAAAUAUUUGCAACUACCAUCAGACUACUUUAUAUGUGUAUAUAUAAGUAAUUGUUUUCAGAGUACUUUUUCCUUUGUGUAAAUUGUGAAACUCGAUGAUUUUUUUUAAAAGUCGUCAAAACAGCUGUUCUACAGAUGAAAUAUCUAGACUAUGACUGUGUUCUUUUUAUAAGCUGCUCUACCUACUUACCUCAUGCACUAGAAGGAGGUUACAACGUCCAUUUCUCAAGGAUGUGGUGGACCCCCCAUUAGUUUUCCAGGGAAAAGACUCAUGCCAGUUGAUAGAGCUGAUAAAUAACUAUACAGGGUAUGAAUUUGAAAAAAAUCGGUCAAGUAAUUUUUGAGAAAAUCGUGAAAAACAUGGUUUUUUAGUAAUUAUCUGUCAUUUUUCUCAAGAAUAUUACGGAGCUCCUGCAAUUUUCCCAAAAAUGAGACUCAUGUCAGUUGAUAGGGCUUAUGAAUAGCUAUCUAUGGUAUAAAUUUAAAGAAAAUCGUUGAAGCCGUUUUCGAGAAAACCGUGAAAAACAUGGGUUUUUAGUCAUUAUCCGCCAUUUUUCUCAAGAAUAUUACAGAGCUCCUGGAAUUUUCUCAGAAAUGAGACUCAUGUCAGUUGAUGGGGCUUAUAAAUAGCUAUCCAUGGUAUAAAUUUGAAGAAAAUCGUUAGAGCCGUUUUCGAGAAAAACGUGAAAAACAUGGUUUUUAGUAAUUAUCCGCCAUUUUUUCCGCCAUCUUGAAUUGAAUUCUAUUGAAUUUCUUAUUGUCGGAUCCUUAUGGUAUAAGGACCUUAAGUUUAGAAUUUCAAGUCAAUCGGUUAAUUAGGAAUGGAGUUAUCGUGUUCACAGACAUACACACAUACACACACACAUACACACAUACACACACACACACAUAUACACACACACAGACCAACACCCAAAAAUCAUGUUUUUGGACUCAGGGGACCUUGAAACGUAUAGAAAUUAAGAAAUUGGGGUACCUUACUUUUUUUGGAAAGCAAUACUUUCCUUACCUAUGGUAAUAGGGCAAGAAAAGUAAAAAACUAAAGUCUGUAUGACCUCUGGAAGCUGAGAUAUCUGAAAUCUAGAUAGCAUUAUGUUGUAUAGGAAGUUACAGUGUCCUGUUGAGGUGAAUGUGCGUGAAGGAAUCAAGAACCGUCUGAAGGAGUGUAAGAGGUGUGUUGAAGAGGUGAAAGAAAGGGCAAAGCAUCGUUUGCUGGGGUGACUCAGGGUGGGUUUAAGGUGAGAGGUCGGGCGGCCUGAAUCUGGUCGUCCUGAGAGGAGUCCUCCUGGUGACACCUUUGGGGAGGUGGGAGGACUUGACAGCUGAUAAGCUGAACAAAUGAAGGAACAUGCAAGUGAACACUUUGUAGAGUUCUGUAACUAUAUACAAUUCUAGUCGCUUCUUUGUAAGAUAACAAUAUCUAUGCCAGUCUCCUUUAAUGGGAAUUUAAAAAUUAAGAAGACUGUGAAUCAUUAUUUAAUGUUUUGUGGAUGUAUGUAUUUAUGUGGAGUAUUCAUUCAUGUAUGAAUGUGAGUAUGAAGUGUAUAUAUUUAUGUGGAGUAUUCAUGUAUGAAUGUGAGUAUAAAGUGUAUGUAUGAAGAGUGAAAGAUAAAGCGGUGAAACAGGAUGACGUGACUAGAUUUUUGGUUGUGGAGGUGGCCGCUAAAACUGAUGAAAAAAAUUCAGUGUUGUGAUAUCAGUCAGAGGAUAGAGCAGGGAACUUUAUCAUCCAGGACACGUUUCGUGCAGGUGCGGGAUAAAUGAUCUAGUUCGGGUUAUUUCUCCCGAAACCUUCAGAAAAUCUUGUUGGUGUUUGAUUUAGCUAUUGAUACGAUGAUUUCAUGAAUAUUUUCAUUGUUUGUUGAAGGAAUUCCAUGGAUUUUGAUAUUGUUUCUACGCGAGUAGAAAAUAUUGUAUUCCAUUAUUCUCCUUCGAUAACCAUACUCUUUAUGUUCUUGGAAAAAUAAAUAUUUGAUUUGAUUAUUAACUAUAAUGGAGUACGGUACUACUCUAUUCAAAAUAAAAAUAUACAGUAAACUGAUUGACGUACUGAUGUUAUUAUAGUUUUCAAUAUUAAUGAGGAAUCGAGGUUCAAAGUGAAAUUUCAAAUAAUGUGCCAUAUUAUUGAAAAAAACAAGUAGUAGUUAGCUUUAUGUAUUUUUACUUAAUCAGAUUACGCUGUGAUCUGUCUGAUGUAUUGAAUAAAAAUAUCUAAUUUAUUAGAUGCAAUAUUAAAAAAAAAGAAAAACAUUAAAAUUUCUUGAUUAACCUGUCUCUCUCUUAGUAUUUUUCUUCUUUUCCUCUCAAUUAAUAUUUUUAACCGCUAAUUCUGAGUUGUUGGUUUUUCCCAAUUUCAAUUUUAACUACUACCGUAUUGAAUUCUAUAUUUAGGACUCAUAUCUGCGCACAGGUUCAACGACUAUGCAGGUAUUAAUAUUUUCCUUUUGAGUGUUCUGUACUUUUUGCAUAGAUUAACAUUUAUUAUUAUGUAUUUUUUUUAUAUAUAUACACUUUUUAUAAAUCUCUUUAGUGUUUCUCUAUGCUGUAAAGUGUUGUAUUAUUAUGUUUUGUUUUUGUUUAUUUUUGGGAAAUAAAUUUCAAUUUCAAUUA